AUAAUUGCUGUUGUCUCCCAGGCGCGCGCGCUCCCGAGGCGCGCCGCCGCGCCGCAGAGCUCAGACAUGGCGGCGGAUCCCGAACCGGACUGGAUCUCCAGUUUGCCGUGCUCGUGGAGCUACGGCGUGACGCGGGACGGACGCGUGUUCUUCAUCAAUGAAGAAGCCAAGAGCACCGCCUGGCUGCACCCCGUCACCGGAGAGACGGCGGCCACCGGACACCGAAAGACUCCAGAUUUACCCACAGGAUGGGAGGAAGGGUACACGUUUGAAGGAGCUCGCUGCUUCAUCAAUCACAAUGAGCGGAAGGUGACGUGCAAACACCCGGUGUCCGGUGCACCAUCCCAGGACAACUGCAUCUUUGUUGUCAAUGAACAUGUGAGUUGUGGAGCUCUUGUUCAUCCCGACAGCAGCAGACCUGUUCCUAAGACUUCAUCAGAGCAGACCAGCAACAACGACAAGAAGGAGCAUCCUACCAGCACCAUGAGCGAGGCGUCAAAUUACACCGGCGGCUCGGACUACAGCACCUUCCCCAGCAGCCCAGUCACAACCACAACCAUCACCGCCGCCUCCACACGGCCUUCGAGACCUUCCAAAAAACUUCACAACUUCGGCAAGAGGUCCAACUCCAUCAAGAGAAGCCUCAACGCUCCGGUGGUCAAGAAGAACUGGCUCUACAAACAGGACAGCACAGGCAUGAAGCUGUGGAAGAAGAGGUGGUUUGUUCUGUCGGACAUGUGCCUCUUCUAUUACCGCGAUGAAAAAGAGGACAGCAUUCUGGGGAGUAUCCUGCUGCCCAGCUUCUACAUCUCCAUGCUGUCUGUGGACGAUCACAUCAGUAAAAAAUACGCCUUCAAGGCGACUCACCCCAACAUGCGGACUUAUUAUUUCUGCACGGACACCGCCAAAGAGAUGGAGUCCUGGAUGAAGGUGAUGACUGAUGCUGCCCUUGUCCACACGGAACCUAUCAGAAGAGUGGACAAGUUAAAAGUAGACCAGCAGACUCCUCAUGAACUGAACAAUUUACGGAACCACAGAAACCUGACCCAACCUGAGAUCCAGAACAACGAACGGAACCGUGAACCUGUGCGCCAGCACUCCCUGUCACGGGCCGAUGACAAAAAGCAGAAAGGUGUGGAGAAACAUGACUGCCAGAAGGAGCGGGAAUACUACACGUUACAGCGAGAUGGCGAACGGUACUCACUGAAGAAAGAUGGAGUGAGCUACGUGCUUCAGAAGGACGGAGACAAAUAUCUCCUGCACAAGGAUGGAGAGAAGUUCUUGCUGCGGAAGGACGGUGACAGGUACUCCCUGCAGAAAGACGGAGACAUGUGUGCUGUUCACAAAGAUCUGGAGACGUUCACAGCCCCGAAAAGUAAUGAAAAGUACAAACGGAUCCCGACGGAGGAGAAAUGCACUUUGUCUAAAGAGGAGGAAAAGUAUUUGCUCGCAAAGGAGAGAGAGAAUUAUGCACUGCAGAAAUUAGUGGAAAGGCAUGCGCUCCAGAACGAUGGACAAUAUGUUCCUCAGAAGGAAGUAAGGAGACAGCUGUCUUUGAAGGAGACGGACAGGUAUGGCACCAUGACGGACACAGACAGUAAAUACGGCACUCUGAAAGAAGUGAAGAAGUACAGCGCCCUCCGAGAAGGCGACAAAUACACUCCUUACAGAGAGGCAGAGAAGUAUGCCACCAUUCGUCAGGGAGGUAAAUAUGGCCUCCAGUGGGACCUGAGCGCGGACAGGUCCCUCACCAAGAUCAGCAGCAUCAAACUUCAGCCCGCUCAGGCUGCCGCCAUUGCAUCUGCAGUGUCAGCUUCCCGCCAGGGCCAGGCUAACCUCGACCCCCAUAAGAUCGCUCACGUAAACGGUUCCGGAGAGCAGUCCAGGAAUUUCAGGCCAGCAGAGACGGAUGGCGGGUUGACUGGUGGUGCAACACGGGCUGCUGGCUCAGUGGAGGAGCCAGAGACAGACCUGUCCAGAACGGACUCCACACAGCAGCAGGAGAACUGGAAACGCACGCUCGGGAUGAGAGUAUCAGAUGAUGAGAGCAGGAGCAUCACCUCGUACCAGACUUUGCCCAGAAACAUGCCCAGCCACCGUGCCCAGAUGGUACCCCGUUACCCUGAGGGUUAUCGCACGCUGCCCCGCAACAGCAUGAUGAGGCCCGACAGCAUCUGCGGCGUGGCGGGGUCUGCGUAUGACCGCGCCCUCAAUCCUGCCUCCACCCUCACCACGGCAGAGAAGAGGAGGUCGAUGAGAGACGACACCAUGUGGCAGCUCUACGAGUGGCAGCAAAGGCAGGCCUUCUCCAGGCAAAGUCUGGCUCUGCCACCAGCUGCGGGUCACUAUGGCACCCUGCCCGUCACCAAGACGACGCGCCACCUCUCUGAACACACCGUGGUCCAGUCGAUCCCCACGUCGCCAUCUCACGGCUCGCUGGCUCUCUACGGCACCUUCUCUCCUCCACGCCAGCAGCUCGCUCACAACCCCAGCCCCCAGUCUGACCUGUCCUCACCCGUCUUCUUGGAAGACACCACACUGGACCGCCGCCAAAGACCACAUCUCAUCAAGCACGGCUGCGCCCCCCCAGACCGUCGAUCUGUCACAGCGGCUGUUCCCGCUCAGAGCAUCACGCCACAGUCGCUGCAGGGAAAGACGCCCGAGGAGCUGACCCUGCUGCUGAUCAAACUCCGCCGGCAGCAGGCGGAGCUCAACAGUCUGCGGGAGCACACAGUGGCGCAACUGAUGGCCCUGGGCAUGGAGGGGCCCAACGUCAAGACUGAUGUUCUUUGCCAUCACCUCCAGAGGAACCUUAUGUACCUGGAGAAGCAGAAAAAGGAGAACGAGCCGCUAAUCUUCAUGAUUCACACUAUGAUCGAGAACUCGGCACCACGGCCGCAACUCUACCAGCAAGUCAAAACGGAAGAAUACAAAGAUGACUCCAUCAUCCAGCGGACGGAGGACAUGGACACAGACACCAAACUGAGUCGACUCUGCGAGCAGGACAAGGUGGUGAGGAUGCAGGAGGACAAACUGCAGCAGCUGCACCGUGAAAAGGACACCCUGGAGACGGCGCUGUUGUCUGCCAGUCAGGAGCUCAAUGCACGAGGCUCCGCCCCCGCGGCCACGCAGAACCUCAUCCAGCAGCGGGACGUCCUGCAGAGCGGCCUGCUGAGCACCUGUAGAGAGCUGUCCCGAGUCAGCGCUGAGCUGGAGCGCUCUUGGAACGAGUAUGACCGACUGGAAUCUGACGUCACGCUGACUAAAUCUAAUCUGUUGGAGCAGCUGGAGGCUCUGGGCAGCCCACAGACAGAACCUCCAAGCCAGCGGCACAUCCAGAUCCAGAAGGAGCUGUGGAGGAUCCAGGACGUGAUGGAGGCUCUGGCCAAAACCAAAGUCCAGCGGAGCACAGACAGCAGUUUUCCUGCUUCCAGGCCUCUGUCCAGCCUUCAGAAGAACGAGGCAGUCGCCCUGCUGACGCUGGGUUCCUUCAAAGAGGGCGACUGUGUUCCGCCACGCCCGCCCCUCCCUCAGUACUAUGACUCAGAGUGCUCCUCCCACCACGCUCAGUCCAGCGCCCGCCUGCCUCCUCCCACAUACCGCCCUGAGGACCGCAAGCCCACCUGCAGGAACGGGGCUCACAGCCAAGCUCCAGAUUACCGGCUGUAUAAGAGUGAGCCCGAGCUGACUACAGUGAAGGAGGAAGUGGACGAGGUCAACACCGAGGACAAGACAGAGAUAUCUGUGGAGGCUAAAGAGGCUGCAGCCUCUAAAGUUCCGUCUUACCAUGUGGGCAUUGUUCCUUCCAGGACCAAAUCACCCAAGAAGCCCCCUGAGUCGUCCACCAUCGCCUCCUACGUUACGCUGAGGAAGACGAAAAAACCAGAGUCCAGAUUUGAUCGUCCCAGAAGUGCAGUGGAUCAGUUCGGAUUUGGAGAGCGGGAAGUGGGCAGAACCAGGAUGAGCCUGGAAGAGCAGCUGGAGAGGAUGAGGAGAAACCAAGAGGCUUCCUCACUCAGAGAGAAGAAGAGAGAAACGCCGUCCCGCUCGCCGUCCUUCAACAAAGACCAACCCUUUCCCAUCCUGCAGAACCAGGUCCAGGCAGGAGGACCGUGCUCGAACCCAGACUUGGACUCGGCACUGCAGCAAGUGAAGGGGUCUGUCCUGGAGGAGAGUGGGACGGCUGCUACGACACAUACACAGACGUCCUCACAGGGUGAAAGUCACCCCGCGGUGAUUGUGGACCUGAACACAGAGCAUCAGCUCGUGGAAACAGGGAACCUUCAAACCUUUGAAGAAGACCAAAGCAGAGAGCCAGAUGUGACCCCAAGCGACAACAGCCUCGGGACAACCAGCCCAGAACCGGACGUGGACCAGCUGGAAGUGAUGCAGACACACGAACAGGAAACGGUCAGAGAGGAGAAGCUGGAGAUGAGCCUCACUUCCUACAAGCAGUUAACAACAGACGACAAACACAACAACAACAUGUUGACGUCGCAGACCUUCACUCUGGUGACCAGGGAUAUGUGAGCGGUGCCGGCUUCAAGUCCACAACGGUGUCCUGUAGAGUUCAAAUACAGCCAGAGAGUGCCACCUCCUGACAGCUGUGACCUCUGACCUUACUGCAACCAACCACAAACCGUUUUUUCCGCCCAAACACAUUAUGAAAAACUUCAAGGUUGUGAAACAAUCUUUUAUCGGGAAAAAAUACUUGCUUAUUUUUCCUCUGCACAUCUUCAGAUAUAGAAAACUUAAUUAAUCCUGACGCCAAUUCAGUCAUUAAUUAUGGAGACAAGUAAUGUCAUCCUUUAGGCAUCAAUAAAAACUCUUCGGCCUGGACAUGAUGGUGAUUAAUAAUACAUUUCUCUGGGAGAAACCAGUCUCCUGUAUCCCUCUAAGAGAUGUUUGUUGGACCCUCCCCCUUCGCCAAAGAUCAUAGAGACGGGAGGAGCUCUCGGUUGACAAUAAUCCCAUCAUCUUGGUAUUGUCGGCUUCAUUUUGUGGCAGACGGCAGCAGACCAGCAUCAAGAAGAAAAAGAGUGUGAAGAACUGGCCACGCCAACUCAAAGUCCAAAUAAUGGUUCUCGAUAGUUCUACCCACUCACUAAAUGUAAAAAGACAGACUUAAAACAAAUAAAGAUGGAUAAAACUCUGUAUAGCAGGUCACACAAAAAAAGGCAGAAUUCAUCAAAGCCCUGUUUGGUCUUUCUCAUUCCAAACCGAUUUGUAGACACACUGUUAAAAACAAAGUCUGGUACACCUUUUUGGUUAUGUGACUGAGGCCUUGUCCACACGGUAACAGAAUUUUCCCUAGACCACUGUUUCAAGAAAUCUGCAUCCACACAAAACCACUGAAACCGGCUGAAAACGCUGUAGUACUUAUUAAAGACCGACUGAUAUAAGCCCUUUUCAAAGUACUUACUAUCGGCUGAAAUUUUGCCAAUAGAACAUCGAUAAUUUCUCA